CGGUGUGCUUGACUGAAGGGAUAGAACAGUACGAGCUCUCUGUCAUUUCUGUGCCUGUUGGUGCAGCUGCCGGGCCUGGGCAUGUGUGUGUCCCUCUCUGCCUGCCCCAUCCCGCUGUUUCACCCUCUGCCCAUUCCCCCAGCACCAUGGUGUCUCCGGAGGUAACGCAGCAUCACAAUGGGCACAUUCUGGAGAAGGAGGACGUCCCGGCGCCUGUCAGCAAUGGGGACCUGCAAGUCAGCGUGAUUGAGCUCCCCCGCAGCCCGAACACCGAGCUGCCUCCCCAGCAGGCAGAGAGACAGGCCAUGCUGCCCGGGCAGCCCCUGGAGACCCGGCUGUACCGCAGGAGGUUCCUCAUCCUGGCAGUGUUCAGCCUCUAUUCGCUGGUCAAUGCCUACCAAUGGAUCCAGUACAGCAUCAUCACCUCCAUCUUCACCCAGUUCUACCAGGUCACCAGCGACAAGAUCGACUGGCUCUCUGUGGUCUACAUGGUGGCCUAUGUGCCCCUCAUCUUCCCAGCCACCUGGCUACUGGACAAGAAGGGGCUCAGGAUCACCGCCCUGCUGGGCUCAGGGCUCAACUGCCUGGGAGCUUGGCUCAAAUGUGCCAGCGUCCGGCCGGACCUCUUCGGGGUCACCAUGUUUGCCCAGACGGUUUGCUCGGUGGCCCAAGUCUUUAUCCUGGGCUUGCCCUCUCAGGUGGCAUCGGUGUGGUUUGGCCCUAAGGAGGUAUCCACAGCCUGUGCCACGGCGGUACUGGGCAACCAGCUUGGAACCGCUAUUGGAUUUCUUCUACCUCCUGUGUUAGUCCCAAAGGUCGACGAUGAUGUGGAACUUACUGGACACAACAUCAGCAUUAUGUUCUAUGGUACAGCUGUUGUCUCCACGUUGCUCUUCAUAUUGACUAUAGCAGUUUUCAAGGAGAAGCCAAAGAUUCCUCCGAGCCAGUCCCAAGCGCUUCUGCAAGAUGAGGCUACUGAGGAUUAUUCCUACAAGAUUUCCAUAAUGAACCUCUUCAGGAACGUUCCAUUUGUUCUCCUGCUAAUUAGCUAUGGCAUCAUGACUGGAUCCUUCUAUUCUGUAUCCACGCUGCUAAACCAAAUGAUCACGUUUCAUUAUCCGGAUGAAGAAGUGAACGCUGGAAGGAUCGGCCUAACGCUUGUACUGGCAGGCAUGGUUGGCUCCAUCAUUUGUGGUCUGUGGUUGGAUUAUUCCAAAACAUACAAACAAACGACGCUGAUUGUUUACAUCCUGUCAUUCAUCGGAAUGCUGGUUUUCACCUUCACGCUGGACCUUGAUAACCUCGUGGUGGUGUUUGUGACAGGCGGGGUUCUUGGGUUCUUUAUGACUGGGUAUCUGCCGCUUGGUUUCGAGUUUGCUGUGGAGAUAACGUACCCAGAAUCAGAAGGGACCUCAUCAGGGCUUCUAAAUGCCUCUGCCCAGAUAUUUGGGAUUUUAUUCACAUUAGCCCAAGGGAAACUGACUACAGACUACAAUCCACAAGCUGGGAACAUCUUUCUGUGCGCCUGGAUGUUUGUGGGUAUCAUACUAACAGCUCUGAUCAGAUCCGACCUCAAAAGACAUAAUAUAAAUGCGGGAAUCACAAAGUCAGAAUUGAAAUCUGUCCCUGUGCAGGAAGAAGGUUUAACCAUUGGAAGCACCCAGUCCUCCUCUGCCGUCUGAGAACAAUGGUUCCUGUGGGGCGGCCCGAAGUGUGCGAUACUGUAGCAAUGAGGCAGCUCUAGCCAAGGCACCGCACUUACCGGUAUAUACCGCUGCUCAUCAUAUUACAUGAGGGUAAUACCGUGACGCGAGGGAGCUGCUAACUACAGUGCUGCAGGGGAAUUUGUAUUGGACCGAGCACAGCAGGACAUUUGGCCAGUUACGUGGGUUCUUUAUCUGCCCAUAAGCCUUCUUCAUUGUUAUUUUAGUCAUUAUAUCCUUUUAUAUAGGUUUUUCAGUGGAUAUUUCUAGAGCAGGUAGUGAUGCUCUAGGCAGAUAUUGGAAAUUAAGCCAAAUGGGUUGGGUAAAAAAAAAAAAAAAGGCUAAUAUAUUAUUUAUGUUAUGGCCCCUGUGGCUACCCAGUGGGUUAUGAGUUGCCCAUGACCUGUACAUUUCAGUGACUGUUAAGGUGCUAGUAUUUUAGUAUCUUGACUGAGAAAAAUGAAUAUGCACAAAGCUGGUAGAUAGUAAAGCCUAUGCCGUGUCUUCUGGGAGGAAGCGUAGGUCACAUGACAACGUGCGGGGCUGAUUAUCUGGGCAUCACCAAUGGUAAAGGGCAGAAAGGAAACGUGCGCACUGUGAGGGGAAACUGUGUGCGUUUGGGCCACCCCCGGCGCGCUCGGAUAACUGCUGAUUUCAGUACAUUCACUUAGAUAUAUUGUCACCCUUUGUGAUGUUCCACUGCUUUGGGGCAAAGGGCAAUUACCUGGAAUACAAUCAAUUGCAACUUACUGCACAAGACACACCAGCGGCAUGUUAGCCGAGACACUCCUUCUUAGAGGCAUUAUGCAGACUCCCAGCACUGUCAGCUAGCCACGAGGGUAGAAAGGGUUGCUGGGAGUUUCAAUGAAAGAUUGCUUUAGCCUGGUUUAAGGUUUAUCCAAUCUCCGUGCAGUUUAUCUGUAGGAAUAAGGCAGUAACUGCAGGCUAAGGAUAGAUCUGCCCAAUGUGUCCUGUUCCCUCUGCAAGUAGUGAGACAUAACCCAGUGGGAGGUUCUGGGAGAUGCAGGGGGGGUUGGGCCUAGCCAGAAAAACAAAAGGCCUCAUUUACUAACAUGGAGCAAACUGGCACCAGUGCAGUAACCCUUAGCAACCAAAUCCUACUGUCAUUGUUCUUCAGGCAGUAUCCCAAUAAAAUGUUGAUUGAUUGCUACAGGUUAGUGCAUUGGUCAGCUUUGGCCCAGUGUUAGUACCAAAAAUAACCAAUGAGAAUGUUUGUAGUCAGCGC